AUGCUUAAGUCAGUUGAAUUCAUUAAGACUCCUGCCGCAGAAGCUCAACUUCCUCCUACUGAUAAGUAUGGUGUGUUAACUACAGAUUCCCCUGCUAUUCAUAAUGCACCACUUCCAGCAGAUGGACCUUCUCUGGCUCAUUUCAGUAACUUGACUAUGGCUUCCCUUGUUGUUGGUGUUCCAUAUUUGGUUGUGCGUCAAGUUGGCUUAGGUUGGAAGAGUUGGUUAUUUUUGACUGUUGUUUUGGCUUUACCAUUGAUGAUGGCUUAUUGGACUUUGGUAUCCAAGUUUUCUCCUCGUUUGAACGAAAAGGUUACUCUUCCUGGUCGUCCUAUCAGUUACUACUUGAAGUAUCAUGAUGCUGAAUUGAAGGCCAAAUACGAGACCAGUAAUAACGGUCAAGGUCGUAAGAUCCCCAUGGAAACCUUCAUUGAAGCUUAUAUCUCCGGUAAAGUCACUUGUGUUGGUGAUUGUUUAGAUACUUUGGAAUUCCGUCAUGAUUGGUGUACGUUUGAAUUCACUUUGGGUUUGUUCAAGUACUUUUUAUUGGAAAUGAUCCCGGAAGUUAUCUUCCAUUCCAAGUCUCAAGAUGAAGAACAGGUUAGAGACCAUUAUGACAGGGGUGACGAUUUCUACACUUGGUUCUUGGGUAACAGAAUGAUUUAUACUUCUGGUGUUAUUGGUGAUAUUGAAAAGGAAGAAACGUUGGAACAAUUACAAGAUAACAAAUUGGCUGUUCUUGCUGAAAAAAUCGACUUAAAGAAAGGUGAUCAUCUUUUGGAUUUAGGUUGUGGUUGGGGUACUUGGGCUGCCAAUGCCAGUUCUGUUCAUGGUGCUAAAGUCACUGGUGUUACCUUGGGUAAGAACCAAACUCAUUGGGGUAACCAAGUUUUGUCUGAUUAUGGUGUUAGUUCUGAACAAUCCCGUAUUGUUUGCGUUGAUUAUAGAGAUACUCCUCCCCUGGCUAAGUCCAAUGGGUUGUAUGAUAAAAUCACUUGUUUGGAAAUGAGUGAACAUGUUGGUGUUCGUAAACUUGGAGCUUUCUUACAGCAAGUGUAUGACUCUUUGGAAGAUGAUGGUUUAUUCUUUUUACAAUAUGCCGGGUUACGUAAGAGAUGGCAAUAUGAAGAUUUAAACUGGGGUUUAUUCAUGAACAAGUAUAUUUUCCCUGGUGCUGAUGCUUCCACUCCAUUGACUUUCUACAUUGAAGCAUUGGAAUCUGUUGGGUUUGAAGUUGUUUCAAUCGACAACAUUGGUGUACAUUAUUCUGCUACAUUAUGGAGAUGGUACCGUAACUGGCUCGGAAACAAGGAUAAGGUGGUUAACAAGUAUGGUAUUAAGUGGUUUAAGGUUUGGGAAUACUUUUUGGCUUCCUCCACCAUCAUUUCAAGACAAGGUUCGGCUACUUGUUACCAGAUAGUUUUACGUAAGAACUUGAACAGUUAUCCUCGUGUUAACUAUGUCCCUUCUCAACAAGGUCUUCAAGCUCCUCUUACCAGAGCCAGCAAGUGGACCAAGUAA